CUUCCCAGUUCCUUCCCGCCCUUACCUCUCCCACAGGGACACACUGUCAACACCCUGGCACUGUUGGCCUGAGCCUUGGAUCCUGCUGAGGGGUGGAGGGACGUUGAAGAGGCAGAGAGAGCAGGUGCCUUAAGGAUGACCACACAGUACAAGCGUGCAUCCAUCAGCAGUGUGGGCGGCAAGAGGCGGUCAGGCAGCACCAAAUUUGAGUUGACUGAUGAACAAAAGACUGACAUCAAGGAAGCAUUUGACCUUUUUGAUCCUAAUGGCACUGGCACCAUUGACCCCAAGGAACUCAAGGUGGCUAUGAGAGCCCUUGGGUUCGAACCAAAGAAGGAAGAGAUCAAGAAGAUGGUGGCAGAGAUUGACAAGGACGAGAGUGGUAAGAUCAGGUUUGAGGAAUUCCUGCACCUCAUGACAAUCAAGAUGGCUGAGAAGGAUGUCAAGGAGGAAAUCCUGAAGGCCUUCAAGCUGUUCGAUGAUGACAACACUGGCAAAAUCUCCUUUGCAAACCUGAAGCGUGUGGCAGAGACCCUCGGGGAGAACCUGACUGACGAGGAGCUGCAGGAGAUGAUAGAGGAGGCAGACCGCGAUGGGGACAAUGAGAUCAACCAAGAGGAGUUCUUUCGUAUCAUGAAAAAGACGAGCCUUUACUGAUGGAAUGCUCGAGAGGACUGCUUUGUACUCUUCCCUGUCUCUGCAUCUCGUCUUUGUGUGUGUAUGUGUGCGUGAUUGCAUCUGUGCCUCGCUUCCUAUUCAGACUGAUUUGUUUGUACUUUGAGGUGAAGAGUGAAGUUGCACAGCCUGCAGCCCCUUCUGGAAUCUCAUGGGGCAGCAUGAAAGGUAACUGUGGACUGAAAUUCAUAGUGUUUUUCGUGUAAACUAGUGUUUCGUUUUGUGCGACUGAAGAAUUACAAAUUAUUUUUUUAUGCCAAAGGUUUUCUAAGAUAUAUUUUUCUUAUGUACUGUUUUUACUUUUGUGUUUAAUUAAGUUGUGCAAACUUGUGUGUGAAAUCUUGCAAUGGCCAGUCAAGGGGAUGCUGUGGCUGCCUCGGUGACACUGGAGGCAACUGAACAGGACCUGGAGAAGCCGUCACCCUCCCAGUCCCUCCUGCAGAGGCUCAAGAGUCUGAGGGAGUGGCAGGAGAGACAACGAGAGGAGCUGAUGCAGGUACUGGCCCACUCCAUGCCUCCCAAAGGAUCAUUCCUCACCCCUUUGAAAGAAGAAACUCCUGCACAACUUUCUGAAUCUGCAGUGAUAGAUCAUUCCACACCUCUCCAUUCAAUGCCUCACAGGAUGGAGGAUUCUCAUACCACUGUGGAACUCCCUAGGGCAGAAGCUGCAUCCCCUAUUAUCCUCACACCUCACCACUCACCUGUACAGUCUCCUAGAAAUUUCCCAGAGAAGGUGCAAGUCCAGCCAAGGCAGCUUGCUGACAAACAAAGUUUAGAUGAGCUGGACCACAUGGUUGCUGUAACAAGAUCAAGCCAUUCCACUCAGACACAGCAAAGCAGUGAGUGGCAAGCAUCACCUCCCACAUUAACUGGACAUUCUGUGGUUUGUAACACAUCUGAUCCUGAACACAGUGACUUAGAAGGUGAUGAGAGGAGCAUGACUGAGACACUCAUACCCACAGGUGCUCAAGAAAGGAUUGAAGAUUCUGCUUCACUCUCCCCUCAGGAUACCAAUGAGUACAUAAAUGAGAGCAUGGAGGACUUAUUUGGUUUAGAAAAGCAAAAGCCAUACAGUUCUGAAAAGUACAAGUCUCCAGCACCAAACAAGGAGUGUACAAGUAAAGGAACAACACAUUCAAGUGAGUUGGUGAGGAACUUUGCCCCCAGCAAGUCCUUCUUCAGUACCAUGAGCCAGCAGCCUGAGGGAGGAGCUGCAGAGGAAACACCAAGACCCAGACACAAGUUCCUGAGGAAGGGUCAGGGUACUUCUAGGUUUGGCUUGAAGCCCAUGAGGUUGAAAAAUAUGUCAAAGAAAGAGCCAGCUGCUGAGUCAAACUUGCCUCCUGAUGCAGCAAUGCAGAAUAAUGCUGAUCUUCCCCACACAACCUCACCCCCAGUUCUUACUCCUACAAAGAGACAUUUUAGAUUACCCAUGCAAACCCUAAAGCUUCAAGAAGUGCUGCAAGUGUCUCCUCCAGAGAGGGAAAGACUGAAUGGUACAGACGAACCAGUCCAUGGACCAGUGCAGCACAGAGCCUCACUAGCCGUGGCACCCACACAACCCUUGGCCCAACAUCUCACCACCAACCCGCCAGGACCACGUGACGUGGAGAAACAACAGCGGAAAGAGGAAGAAGAAUUGUCUGCUUUUGAGAAACUGGAAGAAUUAGCAGAGGAUUCAAGCUUUUCCUCAAACUCUUCCACAGUGUGGCACCUGCUGAAGCAAGGACAACAGUCUGCUUCCUCCACCCCCCUGCGCACCCCACCCCCAUUGGCCUUCCAGGAGACCCCAGUGGUCGGCUCUCUUGGCAUGCAGUCCAAAAACCUUGGGGCCAAAUCUCCGUUCCUUGUUAGGAAUUUUACAAACAGCAUGGUGCCUGCAACCAGUGACCCUUUCUCACAGCAGCAGCCAGUGGCAGUGGAUGUGAGGGAGGUGCUGGCACAGCUAAAGUCAAUUGUCAGACUGGAGGGACACAGCAUCAGUGAUGUCACUGAGUCAGACAUCCAAACACUUCUAGAGGGGUGUAGUAGUCAGCAGCUGUGUGAUGCAGCACAUUCCACCAGCACCCCAGCACUGCCCAAUCCUCUUCCACCUUUCCAGACUGGGCUCCAUCAUGUCCACUUUGCCAGCCAGGGAGUGCAGGUUAUGGAAUAUGAGUUGUCAGACAGUGAAGGGGAGGAUACACUGACAGAAGCUGCUUCCCUUGACAGUGACUUGAUCACCACCUCAGACUUGGAAGCUCUCACACAGAUGAGUGUCAGAGGAGCACCUGAUACUCCUUACAGGCAGCAACAGACUAAGCCAUUCAAGGCUAAUAAGAAUGAGGGUGACAGCUUCUCAUCAAGUGAAGUCCCUCUCUCAGAACAGGUGACAACACCGGGCCGAGAGGCAGUUGUGUUAACAUACUCCCCGCCUCCACCUCGUCCUGCACAGUCUGCCUCCAAUUACAUCUGGUCCAUUUUUGGUAAGGAGAGGGAUGCAAGGAAGCAGUCUGUACUCAAGGUAGCUCCAAAGAAAGUCAAGAAGAAAUGCCACCAGCAGCCACUCACACCAGAGGAGACCCAGAAAAGUGUGGCAAGUGCUGCACAUCCGGACCCAGAUGUAGAAGCCAGGCAGGAGCUGGAGGUACACAAGACAUUGCUUCUUGCCAAGGUUGCUGAGCUAGAGAAGGAAACUAAUCUGUUCAAGAAGGAGAACUCACAGCUAAAGAAACUCCAACAACAGGUGCAGGAGGAAAGACAGAAGCUGGAGGAAGAGAAAUGCAGACUGGAUAAGGAAACAGCGACUGAGAGGAGGAAGUUUCAGGAGUAUGUGGACCGUGAGAGGAAUGCUUUGUGGAGGGAGAAGCAACAGGUUCUUCACAGACCUGCCCUGGUGACACAGCCUCAGGAGCAGGUGAUGGAGGUUGUGCAUCUUAGAGAGCAGAUUCGAGAGUUAAGGGAGGAGAGGGAGAGGAAAGAAUCACUCCAUCAGUUUGCUGUCAAGAAACUCACUGACAGGAUCAAAACUUUAGAAAAUGAGAAUAAAAAGCUAAAGGAACAGCACAAAGCUCUGCAAGACCUAGAGAAGGAAAAUCAGGACCUUCGGCUUAAAGCUAAUCAAGUUAUGGCAGGGGGAAAGGCCAGGACAGCCACACAGCCCCCAAAGCCCUCUCGAGGAAGACCAAAGCCAGGCACCAGAUCCAGAACUGUUGAUGGGGUUGCCAAGGCAUUAGACAAGAUGACCAAACCCCAGCCACUCAUUGUCAAGGAGCCACAGGGCAGUGCCAGCAAAGCCAGCAAAAGUAGAGAGGAUGUGGUAAAUAAUAACACAAACACAGCAGCCAAGGAGAGUGACGAGGAUGUCUUGACCAAACAAGAUAGCAACACCAAGGCUGAAUCCUCUCAAGAACCAGCACCUGUUCUCAAGACCAUACCAGUUACAGAAGAUCUCUCCAGUGCUCCAGCUGAUUCUGCAAGACACGUUCAGAUCUCGUUACCAGCAUUGGCAAGCCUUGGGUGCACAGAGGAGGAUGGGCUGGAACACACUGAGAGGGUGAGGCAGGAUGGCAUACGGGAAGUGAUCUAUGCCAAUGGAAACAGGAAGGAGAUUCACCCAAAUGGGGAAGUGACCAUUAGCUUCUACAAUGGCGACAGGAAGGAGAUCCAUGCAGACCGGACAGUGUACGUGUACGGCAGCGACCACACCAGCCACACCAUGUACUCCAGUGGUAAGGAGGAGCUCGUCUUUCCCAACGGACAACAGGAGAUACGCUGCCCAGAUGGCUCCUCAGAGAUCUCCUUCCCCAAUGGAUCCCGGAAGUCGGUGCUGAGUGACGGGACAGAGAUCUGCACCACCAGGGAUGGAUCAGUUGUGCGUACCAACCCCGACGGCAGCCAGGUCUUUGAGUUCCCCAGUGGCCAGAGGGAAGUGCACCGCGGCGGAGUGAAGCGGAGGGAAUACCCUGAUGGAACUGUGAAGAUCCUGCAUCCCGAUGGAAGGACCGAGACUCGGUACAGCUCCGGGAGGACGCGCAUCAAGGACAGGGAAGGCAAUGUGGUCCUGGACAUCCACACUAGUCUGUCUUCUCCUUUGUCUUCCUGAUGUGUUGUGUCAUGCCAUGUCUGUCUUUCUUUCUCUCUGCCAGCUACUCUUGUCUCAUAUCUCGUCUUGUACACGCUACUCUAUUGGUGCAGUUAGUGCAUUGAAUCUGCAACUUGACCUUUUACCUUACAACAGGUAUUGUUUGCAUAAUAUUCAUGUUGAUUUUUUUAUUGUCUGAAAAUACGGGAACAAUUUUAUAUGUAAUAUUUUUAACUAUGUGGUAGGAAGAGUUUAUCGAUAUCUUAGAGCAUUAGUUACUUUUGAGGUUGGAUUUAUGGAUGUAGGAAUUGAUUUGUAAAUGGAUGAAUUGUUCUGAUUUGCUUGCUACCUCUGUUUUUUUCUGCACUUCUGUGUUCCUUCUUGUUAUGUCGAGCAGAAAGGAAGUUUGUGAAGCACAGUGUCAUUGCAGUCUUGGAUCUGCUGUUGAGUACACACUCUCUGGGCAAAGACUAAUCUCAUUUCUUUGAAACUUACCUUCCAAGUUAGACAAGUGAUUAUUGCAACUCCUUAUGUUUGAGUCAGGACAUUUUCUUUUCAUUUCUUGCAUUAGCUGUUCCACAACUCCAGCAGUUUGUUAGUAAACAGUCAUACCUUGCAGACAGUCUUAUUAUCUGUGCUGUGCGAGAGGGUUGGUACGAAGAAAAUUUCCAUGUGAGGCACAACUCAUGACUAGUUUGACCUCAGCCCACAAGUGGCUUACCUCAGUAAAGGAUUGCAUGUUGUGUUUGGAUGACCAUUGUUUUGUUGACUGACCUGAUCUGUGUUGAGGCUUCCACAAGCAUUACCUUCCAGGAGAAAGCAUAAUUUAUGUAUUAAGUAAAUACAGCUUUGAUAUUUCUGAUUGUACUUGUGUUCAUCAGCUUAUUUUGUUGUGACAGAAUAUCACUGGCUAAUUAAUUGUUCUGCACUGUGGAGAGUUAGUGAGAGAAUACACAUAAUUGUUUCCCAAUGGACUUGAUCUAAAUAACCUAUUUUUCUGUGACAGUGGCAAAAUUGAAAUAAAAAUCUAUUAGUAAUUAGGACAAUC